AUGCCGCGUGUGUAUAUAGGACGACUGAGCUAUCAUGUCCGUGAAAAAGACAUUCAGCGAUUUUUCGGUGGUUAUGGAAAACUCAUGGAGAUAGAUUUAAAAAACGGGUAAGUCUUAAUUUUGGUUGAAACGCGAUUCGUCACUGGUUACUGUUACUGAUGUUAGCAGUGUUAGCCUUGACACAUGAGUGUUUGAAAAUGUAGGCAAAAUAUUUUUUAUUCACUGCUGUGUUACUUAAAAGUGGUCCACGCAGCUGUGCAAUGUAUAACUAUCGUUUCUUUUGCUAUUUGGUAUCAUUUACAACUUUUCGUUGUGCGCGUGCAGCUAACUUCACAUGGCAAACAUGGCGUCUUUGUGUUUGCGACGGACUACAGUUAGCAGGCCAGGCUAAAGAGGGCUAGCUGGUUCGUCCUAAUGAGAACAUACAGGGUCGAGUUAUUAGAUUGGGGUUUUCCUUCCAUUUGUCAUUCGUUGUUUGGUAUGACAACACCCUCUCUUAUCCCCAGCUAUGGAUUCGUGGAGUUCGAGGAUAAUCGGGAUGCGGAUGAUGCCGUCUACGAGCUCAACGGGAAGGAGCUGUGCGGGGAGCGGGUGAUCGUCGAACACGCCCGUGGGCCACGGCGAGACCGAGAUGGCUACGGUGGGGCUUACUGGGGUGGUGGGCGCAGUAAGUGCAGUCUAAUACAAGAUACCAUCUCCUCCCCAACCCUUUGGGGCGAGGUGUCAAUGUGGACUGCACUGAGAGCAAUGUUGUUGUUUUAAACUUGCGCUGAGAAGUCAAAUUGUUGAAGUAUUGUUUCAGGUACAUUUUUGGGGUCAUCUUGCAGUCUUCAUUCCCAUGCUGGCACGUUUACUAUAAUUAGAGUUGCAUGCGAACUCAAAAUCCAAUGUUGUAUUUCAGGUUGGGGAAUUUCUUAUUUUACUGGUGACUAUUUUCUUGAAACGAGACCAGUGGAGAAAUUCCUUUGAAACCAAGACAAAUCUUUAUUCUUUUUGACUUUGGAAACCAGUUUUGACUUAGUUUCAAGUCAAGACAAAGUUUACUUCUGAAGCAGGUUUAAAAACAAUGUCAGUUGAGCCAAAAUGCUGCACAGGGGUGCAAUAUAAUUGUGCAUAUUGUCUUGUUUAUGGUUUCAUUCUUUAGUACUAUUUUUCAUCUAGACCAAAUAGGGUUGUUGACCUGCAGUGUGUUGCUCCUCCUUAUAUGAUCAUGGGCAGCCUCUGAUUGGCCUGUGGCUCAUCAUGGGGAAGGGUCAGCAGUCUGCAAGCCAGGGCCCUCCAGUAAAUAACCCAGGAGUAUAUGCUAUAGUUUCCAGUAUCGAGCAACGCUUGAAUGUAGAGCUUUCUUAUCAUGGAUGCAAAAUAUUUUUGGAUAAUAACAAUUAGCUUGGUGAGCCAAGUUCUUAGGUCAGAUCUUCUUAGAUGUUAUUUGCACCACAGAAAAAAGCUCCAACAAAUCAUCCACUACAAGCCUAGCUGUACCUUACGCUUAAUCACUAAGACAAGACUAACAUUUUCAUGUGAUAUGUGUAUUUUUAUAUAUUUGAACAUUGGUAUAUAUUUUUAUAUUCUACAUUAACAAAAGUCCUUGAUGUUUCAAUUUGAAAGAGUCCAGUUGCGGGCUGAGGCUGAGAGUCCAUUGAGGCUAAAGAUGACUGGCUAAGAUGACUGCCUGUCCCGUUUGGCCUUGGCUUUCACCUUACAAUGUGUGUGUGACCUUUACCCCUUGAUCCUUGGCUGACCUAACCGGAAGCCAUGAUGACAGCAGCCUUUUGCCAAUAGACCAGGGGCGAUGGUGAGGAUUGCCAUUGGUUUCUAUGUUGACAGCAAACAUAAGUGGAGCCACACUAGUAAAGAUCUUGCAGUCAAAGAAAUGAUCUAAGCAAGAAAAGUGGGAAUAAAACAGUCUGACAUCCUGUCAGAUACCUUAAGAGUAGUGUGUAUUUCUCUUAAGACCGUUCAUACUUGAUUUCAUCAGUCUCCCUGACCGCAACCUAUGUGGAUAUCCUUUUUCUGUUUGUGUUACAGGGUUCAGAGGUCUUGAAAGAACAUCACUGUCCAUUUGUUAAUGCCGCUAAAGCAUCACAGUGUGAUGUACCGGAGUAAGAAGGCUUUGUAUUGCCUAAAACAGAUGCAGUGGUGUUCUUUGCAGCAGAGAGCAACUCCACAAUGUUGAGCAAUUUAAACAUUUAAAAGAGCCUAUGCUGGGGCUUUUAGAUCACUAUAUUUGUAGCUUUGUCUUUGAAAAUAGGACCAGAGGGACUUUUUAUUAAUAGUCAAAUUUUAUUCAUUUUUGGACUUCAGUCUGACAAGUCACUGCUUUGUGUUCAUUAAAUGUCCAAACAAGUAGGUUCUUUUUUGUUUGUUUGUUUUUUUGGUCAUCCUUGCCAUUUAAGUGGUUUUUAACUUUUUUUUAUGUGCUGUUGUUUUUAAAGGUAGUGGUUACAGCAGCCGGAGCCGCUCUGGCAGGGAUAAGUAUGGACCUCCAGUCCGUACUGAGUACCGACUUGUUGUAGAGAAUUUGUCGAGCCGGUGCAGUUGGCAAGAUCUCAAGGUACAUGUUGAAGUCUUACAUUUGUUUUGUACUGUGUUCAGUUCACUGUGUAUUCAUAAAAUAUAAAUUCACACUGCUUAACUUUUGAAACAUGCUAAUGGAUGGAGGCUUUAAUCAAAACUUGGUGUCUCUCAGGAUUUCAUGCGUCAGGCUGGUGAGGUGACUUAUGCAGAUGCCCACAAGGAACGCACGAAUGAGGGUGUCAUUGAGUUCCGGUCCCACUCGGACAUGAAGAGGGCUUUAGAAAAACUGGAUGGUACAGACAUCAAUGGACGAAAAAUUCGACUGGUUGAAGACCGGCCUCGUAGACGAAGGUCAUACUCUGGCAGCCGCUCAAGGUGGGAACAUAUCUCCUUAUAACAUCCUUUUAUCACCAUGUAUUCUUCCACAAUGCUCGUGCAUGUUGGAACUUUACGGUGUCAUGCUGACAUGCCAACAAAUGAGUUAGAGAGUUCAGCAUUCAUUUUAAUGAUGAUCAGGCAAGCUGUAUUACACCCCAGCUGUGCUGAAGAUAGGGAAGUUAGUCUUAUAUUCCUAGGAAGUCAUCUUGGCCGAAUUUUUUUUUGUAACGGCAUUGGCCUGAUUUGAGAACAGUGCCGCCUUAAUGUCAGUAUAAUACCUUAAUUGCAGAAAAAGGUCCCGUUUAACAAGAAACACUUCUGCUACAGACACUUGGCUUACUUUCUUUACAGUCAGAAUGAGCGGCAGCUCAAAAUUUUUAAAAUGUUGACUUCACAGACAUAAUAAAGCACAGCUAUAUUGUUAUAUUACCAAAUGUAACAUAUUCCUGCCUACCCCACCUUUAACAUAACACAUCUCUGGUUUUAAAUAGUAUCAUCUGUCAGUUUUGUUAACGCAGCCUGGCUGAUUAAAACCAACAUUAUACUGAUUACGUGAUACAAAAAAGAUAGAAUUAAUUAAAAACUGGUAAACCUGGGGUAAGAGAGAACAACCAAAACCUCUUCAACACAUCUUUUCUCUGUUAAGCUAUCGGUUGUGUUCACAAGUUCUGUUUUUUUCACUUCCAUAGAUCUCGCAGUCGCCGCCGCUCUCGCAGCCGGAGCCGCAGAAGCCACAGAAGCAGGAGCUCUAGGAGUCAUUCCAGAUCCCACUCUAGGUGAGACAGGGCCAGAACUAUACAAAAUGUUGUCAUGCUGGCAAGAGGCAGGAUAAACUGGACAGGUCACCAGUCUGUGACAGGGCUGAACAAUACAGCUUAUUUUGAAGUUGAAGUUUGUAUGAUAAUGUCUGUGUCUACACAGUUAAGGCAACACUCAGCUUGAUUUUUAUUUCCCCCUGCUUGUUGAUACAUUGGACCAUUUGUACCUCAUGAUCACACCAUCCAUGCUAAAAAAUAAACACGAUAGAAGACUCACCUAUUUUUCUGCUAGCGGAGCGGUAAUCUUGGCUAAAAUAUAUACAAAAUUAAAAGUUGGGGACUGUAUUGGCUUAGUAUCAGUUAAAUUUAUGUUGAAAACACAAAAGAUAAUAUGGCAACCCCUCUGUUAUGCUUUUCAGAGUCAAAACCCAAUCUUCCCAUGUUCUAUCAAAAUGCUUUGGUUUGGGAGUGUUGUCCAUGCGAUUUAUAGUUAAAUUAGAUGUCCUAAGAUUAAUAAUUGAUAAUAUUAAACUAUGACAUUUAUGCUUUCGUUGCAGGGGCACCACCCACCUAUUAAUGAUGAAAAACAAAAGUUUAAUCCAGAUAUCAAACAUUAAGCCAAUCUUAAGUUAAUCAAGCUGAUUUCUCAAGCUGAAAUUCUCAUUUCAGGGACUCCACCUCUGGAAGAACACUAACAGACAAGAACUGAGAAAAAUAAAUGAUUGGUUUAUUACGAGAUAAAUGAUGGUACAACAUACACUACAGGCCAAAAGUUCGGAAGCAAGGCCAUUACAGGCCGAACAGUUGGUGUAGAGAUAAAUUUGGAUAUAAAUUAGGAUUACUUGAAUAAGCAAUUAUUUAAGUCAUGAAUGCAUGAGACAGCACCAGCCCUGUUGGAGCUCUGGAGGUUUGCAUACUUAAGUGAGACUGGUCCUUGGAGAAGAUGGAGCAGGUACCAAAGGUCCGGGCUGCCGACAGUUUGAAAGGUUUGGUUCAGAAGACGACCAAAGUCAGACGAAGGAUGGGCCAGGAGUCACGGCACACAGGCCUGAAUGCAAAAAGCAGCGCCUUAUCCAUCUUUUGCAUGCUCAUUUGGUCACACACCAAAACUCUGACUCGGAGGAUGACUUCGGGCCCGCUGUGUGGCGUUCAGAGGCAACUUUGAAAUGACUGUGAAAUUUAGGGAAAUUAGAGAAAGACUAAAUCUUGAAUUGCUAUGUGUACCAAAAUGGUUGAAGUUCUAAAACUUGAACUAAGACAAUGUUAAAGAAAAAUCAAACAACGGGAAUGAACCAUAGACUGUAUAAAGAAUGGACAGAGUCUGCCUCCUCGCUAGGUGAAGCCACUCCGAGAACAGCACCCUCUGAUGAUGGGCUGCAGUAUAGGUCAUAAAUCCUGCCUCCGCCAGCAAAGCUUAUGGGGCUGUGGACAAACUUUAGAAAUUUAUUACACAGAAUUUAAAAAUUUCUCCCCCCCCCGUUUGUGGUGUUAACAUGUAGUUACAGUAAGACUGGUUUGUGGUCAAGUCCUCUUUUUUUCUGUGCAGCUCCGUUUUUAAAAGUUAUUUGGGGGUUCAUGUUUUCUAUGACUGACACCUGCCAAGCUGCCAGUAUUUAAUAAACAAUAGCUGUCCUGCAGCCAACACACCUCCUAUGUGAAGAGCACAUUAGGGUUCAGGGACUGUGUCAUGGGUUGUGGGUCAGAACUUAAGUUUUCAUGUUUGCAAAGUCAUUUAAAUAAUCAGCUAAUCAUGUAUGCUUAUUCUAUCCUUUGCAGGUCUCGUUCCCGCAGCAACAAGAGACGUCAUCAUUCCCGCUCCAGAUCAGAAAGGAAGUCUCGCUCCAAGUCAGGCGAAAGUAAAUCACGGUCUCACAGGUCCCGUUCCCAUUCCCACAAAUCCAAGUCUUGUUCUCGCUCCCACAAAUCCCGCUCUCAUUCAGUGGAACGGAAAUCCAAGUCCCGUUCGAAGAGUCGUUCGAAGGUUAAGUCUGAGCGAGAGUCCCGUAGUCGAUCAAAGGAGAUGUCUUGUGAUAAGAAGUCCCGCAGCCGUUCAUCUUCCCCGUUGGAGAAUGGGAGAGAGGCGCAUGCAAACAAGCCUGCCUCCUGCUCCCCAUCCCCACAGGAGGAUGAUCACCAAUCGAAAUCAAGGGAGAAGAGGUCAGCCUCUCGCUCAAGGUCUCGCUCAAGGUCUCUUUCAGCCUCACAAGAUUAG